UCAUGGAGUAGUACUUACUCAUCCGGCAAACUCACGCGCACUACACCGAACGUGUGAAACAGAUAACUUCAUUCUUGUCAUACAGUCGGCUAAGUGUGACGCGUGACGUGACGGUCUAAAAUGGCUGAGAUAUACAAGAAUAACUCGUCGGUAAUAAACUUCGUUGAAUAUUUAAGAAUUCCGAGUGUACAGCCGAACAUAAAUUACGAUGAUUGUGUCGCAUUUCUCAAAAAGCAAGCUAACGAACUCGAUUUGGCCUUAAAGAUUUUUGAACCGGUAGAGAAAAAGCCAAUCGUAGUGUUGUCGUGGUUGGGACAAGAUCCAUCACUGCCGUCUAUUUUGCUGAAUUCUCACAUGGAUGUUGUCCCGGUUUUUGAAAAUAGUUGGACAUACCCACCGUUUAGUGGCCAUAUAGAUCAAGAUGGUAAGAUAUAUGGACGAGGUUCUCAAGACAUGAAGUGUGUGGGGAUCCAAUACCUUGAAGCUAUAAGAAAAUUAAAAGAAUCUGGAAUACACUUGAAGAGGACAUUGCAUGUAUCAUUUGUACCUGAUGAAGAGAUUGGUGGGCAUGAUGGAAUGGAAAAAUUUGUCUUGACCGAUGAUUUCAAGCAGUUAAACAUUGGGUUCGCUCUAGAUGAAGGAAUGGCCAACCCAACCGAAGAAUUUAUAGUAUUUAAUGGAGAACGAAGUAUAUGGCAAAUCCACGUUCAUUGUUCAGGACAACCAGGGCAUGGUUCUUUACUAAUUUCUGAUACGGCGGGCGAAAAGCUGCGAUACGUCAUCGAUAAAUUUAUGGAUCUUCGCGAAGAACAAAAAAAAAUAUUAGAAAGUGAUCCUAACUUAACUAUUGGCGAUGUUACUACAAUUAAUUUAACUCAAAUAUAUGGAGGUGUGCAAUCCAACGUGGUGCCAGAAAAGUUGACUGCCGUUUUCGAUAUACGAUUAGCAGUGACAGUAGAUCAUACUCAAUUUGAAAAUAUGGUGAAACAAUGGUUUGCUGAAGCUGGGCCCAAUGUUACUUAUGAAUUUGAACAGAGAAACCCUUUUGUAGAAUGUACUAAACUCGAUGCCACAAAUCCUUACUGGGUUGCGUUCAAAGGCGCUGCUGAUGCAAUGGGAUUAAAAUUAGAUUGCAGAAUUUUCCCUGGAGGCACUGACAGCCGCUACAUAAGACGCGUAGGGUUACCCGCACUUGGAUUUUCACCUAUGAACAAAACUCCGGUGCUGCUUCACGAUCACGACGAAUUUCUAGACGCUUCUAUAUUUUUAAAGGGUAUUGAUAUAUACGUCAAACUUUUAAGUGCCAUAGCCAAUAUUUAAACACACUUUUAUAAGGAUGCAAUAUAAAAUACCAUCAGAGUAAAACCAAUAUUUACUUCACCUACAAAAUUAUAAAUGUUCUUUGUUACAUAAGUACUAAUUAC